GCAGGGGUAUGGGACCAGAGGGUCCUGGGCAUCUCCUCAAGGCCAGAGGGAGCUCCCAGGUCCUGAGGCACCAGGCCAGCAGGGACCACAGCUCAGCCUCAAGGGGACUCGCCUGCUGGCUAUUCUCUGCCCGUCCCACCGGGGAUUGAGCUUCAGCCUCCUUUCAAAUCACGAAGAGCCCAUGGAGGAGGCAGAACCUGACAAACGGGAGAAGAGCCUGGCAUGGAAAGAGACACCACCAUGGACAAGAACGCAGUUGAGGGCUACUUCCCUGGCAGCCACUGGCUCUACUUCUCUGUCUACCUCUUCACCUUCCUCACUGGCCUUCCCCUCAACCUGGUGGCCCUGAUUAUCUUUGUGGGUAAACUGAGGCGUCGCCCUGUGGCUGUGGAUGUCCUUCUGCUCAACCUGACCAUCUCUGACGUGCUCUUGCUAGUUUUCCUGCCCUUCCGGAUGGUGGAGGCAGCAAGCAGCAUGUACUGGCCUCUGCCCUUCAUCUUAUGCCCCCUUUCAGGCUUUCUUUUCUUUACCACCAUCUACCUUACCUCCCUCACCCUCACAGCGGUGAGUGUGGAGCGAUUCCUGGGGGUGGCCUACCCUCUGUGGUAUAAGACGCAGCCACGAGCUGGCCAGGCUGGCUUGGUCAGUAUUGGCUGCUGGCUGUUGGCAGGCGCCCACUGCAGCGUGGUCUAUGUUACUGAACAUUUGGGGGACACUUUCCAAAAGCAAGAAACCAAUCGGACUUGCUACCUGGAUUUUAGGGAAAACCAGUUGGCCAUUGUGCUGCCUGUCAGGCUCGAGAUAGCCAUGGUCCUCUUUGGGGUCCCGCUGGUUAUUGCCAGCUAUUGCUAUGGUCGAAUGGUGUGGAUCCUGAGCAAGGGGGGCAGCUGGAAGAGGAGAAAAAGGGUGGCAGGGCUGCUAGGGGCCACCAUGCUCAAUUUUCUACUCUGCUUUGGCCCGUACAACGCAUCCCACAUCGUCGGCUAUAUCCAGGGCAAGAGUCCCAGAUGGCGUGGGUAUGUGCUGCUGCUCAGCACCCUGAACUCCUGUGUUGAUCCCCUGGUCUUCUACUUCUCGUCAUCUGGCUUCCAGAGGGACUUCCACAGGUUGUUCAGGAGUGUGAUGGAGGCUGCAGGUCUUUGGGGAAAAAAUGGGUCAGGAAUACAAAGGAAAGGACAGGAGAAGGAACUGUCCAAUAGCUAAAAGAGGGAACACGGAGUCAAGGCCAUGGAGUGGGAGUGAAAGAUGGGGAUAAGAGGGCGAGCUGAGCUCUCUGGCAAAGGAAGGCACUGCUAGGGCUAGAGGGGCAGGGAUGGGAUAGAGUAAAGUGGGUGGGAGAUGGGAAAUUUGCAGGGAGGAGCCCACUGGGGAUACAAUUUUCCUAUAAUUUUAGGAAUAACUUGGCACAGACCAGCCAAAGUGUGUUGAUCUGAGGGGGUCAGACAUAGUCGGCUUUUAAAGGAAUCUUUUCUCAAUUCCCACUUGUGGCAAAAAUCCAUUGUUUCCAUCCAUUUCUGGGAGGGGGCAGGGUGGAAUAAUUAAUAGGGUGCUUUGGGGCCUUUUGAGGGGGGGUAAAAAGACAAGAACAGCAACCUGGAAAACUGUCCAGUAUCUUAGUAUUGGGAAAAAGGGUAUUUCUAGAGUUUGUCACUGACUUGGGUGGAGGGUUAGCUCCAUAUAGGCAGUACCACCUGUUCCCUCCUGGUGCCCCUGUAGCCUCCAGGGAUGUGGGAGAGAACCCAGCUCCCCAACUCAUUUUUUCAGUGAGUUUCUGCUUCUCCAAUGAAAUCCAGAUCCUCAUUAACAUUUAUGUAAAAUCAUAAAAGCUAAAUUAAACAAAUAAACUUGGU